CUUUAGCGCGGUCGCGUCAUCACAUGAACGCCACGAAAAAUUAACCUCAGAAAGUUGACGAGUUGGAACCAGAUAUUUUGUCGAAGAUCUGUUAUUAAGUAAUUUUAAUACAAUGACUGAAGAAGCAACAACGAUUGUUAUUUAUGAUGACAGCUUUCCAGCUAUUCGUAAUGAAACAGUAGAGACAACAGUUGCAACUGCUAUACUACAGGGUUUUGGAGAUUCUGCAAAGGCUAUUCAGUUGGAUGGAAAUAUUGAAACUGUUCAAGAAGAUGAUGAAGAGCAGAAAAAGGAAAAAAAGAGGAUUAAAUUUAAACAGAAGUGUUUGUUUUUUGAGGACUGCUCCAAAUCAUUUGAACAGCAGGCAGACGUCGUAGAUCAUCUGAUUGCAGAACAUGGAGUAGAGAGAGACCAUCUGCUUUUGGAGGAAUUUAACUCUAUUGAAGAUUUUAAAACUUGGAAAGAUCAUCUUGAGUUGGAUAACUAUGUUUAUUAUACAAGAAGAAAUAAGCAAGACAAACGCUUUGUGUAUUACUGUUGUAGAGAUGGUCAGCCAAAUCCAGAGGUAAAAAAAGACGGAGAAAUAUCUGUAGAUCAAGAAACAAAAACAACAUUACGUAAAACAAAACUUACCAAAAAAUAUGGCUUAACAUGUCCUUCUAAAAUGAUUGCCAGAAUGCUUGAUACAGGUAAAGUGGAACUGUUCUUUUACAAGAUCCAUAGUCAUCCGGUUGCUAUGGAGGACACUCGAAAUCAUCCAGUGCCUCAACUUCUCCGUCAGGAAUUAUAUGCCCAGUUUGCUUUAGACGCCACAGUGGAUGAGGUUUAUGAAAUGUUGCAUGGUAAGGAAACCACUGUAUAUCCUGUUUUCAAAGCUGUUAUUCGAGAUCUAAACAAACGGAGGCUUCGUAAGAUUGCAAAAGAUUUCCACGCAGAUUGCAACAUAAAUAAACAUUCAGGUAUGUGGAAUGCGAUAAAACAUUCAGCUCAAAUGGGACGAAUGGAAGGUCCAGUAGCCGCAGAAGAAAACAAAAAAUCAAAAUUGGUUUCUGUUCAGCAUAAACUUGAACAGUUAUAUCAUCUAUUAGAUGAGCCGGUUACGCAAAGCUUACUGUUGGAUUAUCUGGACUCUACAUUGUCAAAACUGUUGAAGGAAUGUUCUGCAGCAUUUGCAGUGUCUGAUUUCAAAUUCCCUCUGGAAGAUGAGUAUCUAAGAAAGUACGACAAACAAAAGCAAGGAGACAUAGAUAAGCACUGGGAAGAAGCUUUGGAGAGUAUGGACACGUUUGAAGGGAGUGAGCAUGAUGGCAAUUCUGGAAGUCUUGAUGACAGGUCUAGGGAGUUUGUUGCUCAGGAAGAGAACUUAAUGAAUCAGGGAGUUAAGCGAGAUAUUACAGAGAGUGAUAUGAAACAGCAAAUAAAAAGAACUUGCAGGAAUGAUAGAGAAAACAAUCAACCAAGAAUUGAUCCAAAUACAGGAAAGCCUGUAAUCAAAGUUAAGCAGAACCGGAAGAAGCUUUUCAACGUUCCACAGCGUCCAAGAUUUCCGGGUCUACCAAUGAGAACAUUGGAUGUUAUUCGGAGGAACCCAGAAGCAAUUCUUUCAUUAAACACAGACGCUUCUGAUUGUUCUGUCAACAAGGAUGCAAAUGCUACUUUACCACCAGGGAAUGAUAAUGGGGAGGACAGCUCGUCACACGUACCAAGUGAUAAUAAAAAAAAAGUAUCUGAAGCCAGCACUGGUGUAAAAGAGGUGUCAGAUGAUGGCAAAAAAAUUGAAUCAUUGCCAGAAUGCCAUGCGGCAGAAGAUGCCCAGCAGAAUACAAUUGGUCGUGAAGGCAUGUCAGGCAGUGUUACUGCAACAGAAGUAUUGGAACAGUUACAAUCUGAUGCAAAUCAGGUCCAAGAAGUAAUUCAAAUGGAGAUUGAAAAUAGUGAUGAGGCAUCUGUUCACUCUCAGCUGCUGGAAAUUGUUAACCUUGCAAAAGCAAUGGUAGAGGGUGAUUGCGCAAGCGAUCAAGUUAUCAUUGUGAAUGAAAAUUCUGACAUUCUGUCGGAUGUUAUUGAAGUUAGUGAAGAAAAAGAUGUGACCGAAAAGCAAUAAAAAAUAAAUUGUACCUUCACUUGGUGUCACUUCUCCUUCAUAGCCCAUUUCACAGGUGUGCAGACCCUAAAUUCCUCAUACUUGUAUAUCAGAGGAAUUAGUAAAUGAAAGUUUUGAUUGGUGUUACUACACAUUAUCGAGUCUAGAAUUAAGGAGGUUGUUGAAAUUUCUGCUAAUUCCUGAAUGCCAGCCUUUAAGAAUUUUAAAGAGGAAUACUAGAACAUUAUCCUGUAUGAACGUUAUUCAAAUUUAAGCUUUCCUUGAAGCUUAAGAAAACCCUUAUUAACAAUCAACUGCUGUAUUUUAUGCUUACAUAAUGAAUGUAUAUUUUCUUUAAUUGAGCACAAACCAAUUAGUCAUGGGUUUUAGAUAAAAUAUUCCAGUUUUAAGCUACGUUCAAAUCAAGCCCGGAC